CAUGCAGAGGGGUCUGGGAAGAUCUGAGGCAUCUCCUGAAGAAGCGAUCUAUGAUGUCAUUGGGGAAAUGCCGCUAGCAGGACUGUACGAGGAAAUCGUGGAGGCCGAGGCCGUGCCCCAGGAUGAGGAGGACGCAGGUGUGGUGAAGGGGGACACAGAAACAGCAGUUUCAGGGGAGGCGUCUAACCUCCUGGAGGGACAGUCUACACGUGCGGAGGGAGGAACCAACAGACCCGUUUCUCAGGGAUAUGACGAGGCUGCGUUUCCGCUGGAGGAGAUGACAUUGUAAAGCACCCUGAGGAGGAGAUCCACCAGCUGUCUGUCGAAAUCACAGCUCUUCAUUCUCUUGUACAGUUGUAGUGGAUUUCGUGAGAACGUCUUGGAUGCCUUUCUCUUGCAAUGUCCUCCACAUCCGUAUAAAAGCCAGUCUUUCCAGGCCCUGCCUGGCUCUAACCCCCAGCCCCUUCGAGGGCCAUCUGCUGUGGACGGUUGUGCUGGGUAACCUUCAGAUUUCUCACACAUUAUAGCAAACGCAAAUAUGUAUAGAAAUCAGUGGUUACGUUUGUGGUUUAGAGACACGUGGUGCCAUCUUCAUCUUCUGCACCCAGCAGUGCGUUGCAGAGCUCCUCACGCCAGAACAUUCCUCUUUUUUUCUUAAAAUCUCUUCUUAAUUGAAUCCAAAGUAUCUUUUAGAUGUCUGCUUGUGUAAUCAUGUCAUCCGUGAAUAUUCAGAUUUAUCUUCUCCUUCCAAUCCAUGUACCUUUAAUCUCUUUUUUUGUGCUUUAUUUUGUGGACUGGGACCCUUCAGUCCAGUGUUGAAUAGAGGUGGCCAAUGGGGAUCUUAUCUCAUUCAUGGACUCAGAGCAAACGUGUUCCACAUUUAAUUUCACUAUUAAAUAUAAUAUUUGAUGUUCGGUUUUGUAGAUGCUAUUUAUGAGAUCAAGGAAAGCCCAGUCUAUCCUUAAUUUGUUAAGGGUUUUGCUUUUUAUCAUAAAUAAGCGUUGACUUUUAUGAAAUUCUUUUUGGUAUCUAUUAAGAUGAUAGAUGAUUUGAUUUUCAUAUGUUACAUUAACCAUGGGUUAAACAAACUUACCUUUAUCAUGAUAUAUUAUUCUUUUUGUAUUUCACAGGAAUUAGUUUGGUAAUACAUUGGGUCAAUGUUUAAAAAAGAAAAUGAUGUGUGAUUUUUUUCUUUUGUUGUAGUAUUUCUGUUUAAUUUUUGCUAUGAGGAUUAUUCAGGUACCAUAAGAGUUAGGAGUAUAUUCUCUUUAAAAAAAAUUUGCUAAUUUAGGCUCCCACCAACAAUGUAAAAGUGUUCCUAUUUCUCCACAUCCUUUCCAGCAUCUGUUGUUUGCUGACUUUUUAAUAAUCACCAUUCUAACCGGCACGAGAUGAUAUCUCCUUGCGGUUUUGAUUUGCAUUUCUGUAAUGACCAGUGAUGAUGAACUUUUUUUUCAUAUGUUUGUUGGCUGCAUAAACAUCUUCUUUUGAGAAGUGUCUGUUCAUAUCCUUCACCCACUUUUUGAUGGGGUUGUUUGCUUUUAUCUUGUAAAUUUGUUUAAGUUUCUUGUAGAUUCUGGACAUUAGCCCUUUGUCAGAUGGAUAGAUUGCAAAAAUUUUCUCCCAUUCUGUAGGUUGCCUGUUCAUUCUGAUGACCCAUCAAUGAUAGACAGGAUAAAGAAAAUGUGGCACAUAUACACCAUGGAAUACUAUGCAGCCAUAAAAAAGGAUGAGUUCAUGUCCUUUGCAGGGACAUGGAUGAAGCUGGAAACCAUCAUUCUCAGCAAACUAACACAGGAACAGAAAACCAAACACUGCAUGUUCUCACUCAUAAGUGGGAAUUGAACAAUGAGAACACAUGGACACAGGGAGGGGAACAUCACACACUGGGGCCUGUCAGGGUGUAAGGGGCUAGGGGAGGGAUAGCAUUAGGAGAAAUACUUAAUGGGUUGGUGGGUGCAGCAAACCACCAUGGCACCUCUAGACCUGUGUAACAAACCUGCACAUUCUGCACAUGUAUCCCAGAACUUAAAGUAUAAU